UUAAUGGAGAUGGGACGAAAGCAGAUAUUGGACAUGAAAAGGCAGCUUCCGGAAGUAUUAAACGGAUGAAAGAAUCGUUACAAGCCCGCAUUCGUUUCCUAUUCCGUACUUGUUAUUUGGUACAGACGAACGAUGUUCAUGCACCGUUCGAUGGCCGUUUCUUGUUCACCCUUCCACCGCCUUCCGCUCAAUUUUUCGUCCACUUGAUUACGCGCGGAUCAAUUGGAAAUCAGCUUGCGGCUGACCAACCCGCCGCUACUGUAUUAUCGAAAACACUGUCAGCGGCAGAUAGCGGUAGCAGCAACGGGAAA